AUGGGCUGCAGAGGAGGUGCUGGAAAACGGGGCCGAUGUGCACGUCCUGGACCUGCAGAAGGAGCCCCAUGGUCCCUGGCAGCCCCCAAGCCCCGAGAUGCAGAAGCUCAGAAGUGUUUCUUUGUGGGCAGCCAAGAGGGGCAGGAGGUUUUCCUUCUCCCUUACCCUUCAGGAGAUGCCAGCAGGCAGAUCAGCGACCUCAAAUUUAAACUCACCAAGUCUGAACAAGAGAUAACUGCACUAGAACAAAAUGUAAUAAGGUUAGAGAGCCAAGUGUCUCGUUAUAAAUCAGCCGCUGAAAAUGCAGAAAAAAUAGAAGAUGAACUGAAGGCGGAAAAACGGAAACUCCAAAGAGAGCUUCGCUCAGCACUGGAUAAAACCGAAGAGCUUGAGGUGAGCAACGGCCACUUGGUGAAGCGUCUAGAGAAGAUGAAGGCCAACCGCAGCGCACUCUUGUCCCAGCAGUAGGCCGCCGGCUGGCACUGGGCAGUCCUCUGCAGGAUCCAGGCAGGGUGCAGCUUGGGGCCCUCAGGUGCCUGUGUCUGCAGCCCCUGCCCGCCCAGGCUGGGCCAUCUUGCACAACCCGCAGGCUCCUCCGCGAGCACAGGGCUCCCAAUCCUGACACAGCCCAGGGAUCAGAGCCGAGCCUUUCCCUGGGCUUGCUGAAGUCGGGAAGGUCACCGCGGCAGGACCCCCUUCUGUGGCAGAGCCUGCAACUCGAGCGACUUCAGUAGUCUCUUAGUCUGCGCUUUUCCUACACGAAACACUGUGGAACCACAAGCCAUUACGAGCAGAACUCUCACUGGAAACAAGGGGACGGUCCAGACGUCAAAGUGACCUUAAGAAGACUCUUACAGGCAGCAAAUGAAGCUUUGCCAAGGGUCUUUGCAGCAGAUGAGUCACAUUACUUUUUUCCAGGGUAAUUAGGCAGUAGCUUCACUGAAAAAUGACAGCUUUUCAUUUGCAUUAUUUAAUCCUUGUAUUUGGAAUUAAAGUUGUUAACUUCUUUUAAAGAACGUAUUAUUAGGAAAAUAAAAAUGAAAUGGUG